AUGGACACAGACCUUCUUGUUCAACUAUGGUUUCCAGUAAUUAGACAAGAGAUUUUAGGGUUCUUUGAGGCGACCUCAACCCAGCAGCUCGUAUCGGGAGAAGGUAUUGCUGGUAAAGCGUUGGGUACAAACCAGCAGCUCGCAGACUGGAACUCGAAAUUCCAGCAAACAAUGGUGGAAAUGCAUCCACUUAGAACAGCUGAUGCCGCAUACAGCAAGAUUAAAGGAAUGCUUUCUACUCUUGAAGAUCGCUUCACUCGCAUUAUCAGUCCAAAGGAAUACCAAAGUUUUAGAAUUGGAAGUGAUGGAAACGUACAAGGAGUUGGACUAUUUGUGAAUAUUGAACCAGAAACGGGGCAUCUGGUUUUAUUGUCUUGUGUUGAGGGUAGCCCAGCUGCUAGAGCUGGAAUACAUGUAGGAGAUGAGUUGAUUGAAAUAAAUGGAGAGAGAGUUAAAGGGAUUAGUAGUGAAGCUGCUGCACAAAAGCUUAGAGGUUAUGUUGGGACAAGUGUUACAGUCAAAGUGCACAAUAAAUUUGUGCAUGUUCAUAUUUCUGAUCUACAUGGAAAAAAGUUGGCCAUUGACUCUAGUUUUAGAGAGGUGAAACUACCCCGGGAAUUCAUCAAACUUUCUCCUAUAUUAAGUGUCAUCAUUCCUCAUAGAACACCAAAUGGUCAUGUAUCCAAAACCGGAUAUGUAAAGCUAUUAGCCUUCUCCCAGGGUGGUUUGGUGAAGGCUGGACUUGAUGUUGCUCAAAUAUGCCUGGAUGGAGAUGAGACUCUAGUGAACACAAUAGAUAGAGAUGGGAACAUGCUUCCUGUUAACAUUUACUAG